UCGCCAUCCUCUUGAAAGAACCUCUCAGGUCGAGAUUGGAAUCCCGGCUGUACACGUCUCCGAACGCACCGAACUAAACGGCCGGUCCUCACGAUCUAUGGCAGGAGACGACAAUGUGACCGUCGCCUCUAAUGUGCUGGGCACGAUUGGGACGGUCCUCUGGUGUAUCCAGUUGAUCCCACAGAUUUGGUACAAUUGGAGACGGAAGAAAACUGAUGGCUUUCCGCCGUUAAUGAUGCUUCUGUGGGCUUCCUGUGCUGUGCCGAUGGGAGCAUAUAUGAUUCUGCAAGAAGUCAAUAUCCCGCUUCAGAUUCAACCGCAGAUCUUUGGGUUCUUUUCGCUGUUGAGCUGGGGACAGAUCAUGUAUUACAAUCAUGGGUAUAGUUGUCUCAAGGCGACGUUGUUGGUCUUUGGCACGGCGGUGUUGUUUGGCGGGAUUGAGACGUUGUUGAUUCUUACCUUGAGGAUACUGUACAAUAAGGGUGUGACCAGGCCGGAUCUGGUGGUGGGGGUGGUGGCGGCUAUCCUGCUGGCGUCAGGGCUUGUGCCGCCUUACUUUGAACUUUGGAAGAGGGACGGCCGAGUGGUUGGGUUCAAUUGGAUUUUCUUGUCCAUUGAUACCCUGGGGGGUCUUUUCUCACUAUUCGCGCUGGCUGCUCAAGGAUCGUUCGAUAUUCUUGGGGGGAUCAUGUAUAUUCUUGUUAUCGUCCUGGAGGCAGGAAUCUAUGCAAGCCAUAUUAUCUGGCGUAUUCGGUAUCGAGCCGUGCGCAAAGAAGCCAAGUCCCUGGGCAAGAGCAUUGACGAGGUGCUUGAGGAGCGGAACGGCUGCUCAGUGACUCAUGAUGUCGAGAAGGUCACUAUGACUCCUCAGUCGCAGGGGACCGCCAGUCCUGAACCUUCUGGGGGAAAGGUAAACAAUACAAGUGCAUGAACAUCAGGCCUGGUGAUUUUCAUUGUGGUGGCAUGAUUGCGGCUUGUUAUCGGAGCUGACUAGCAUUGCGCCUCUGAUAUAUAGAAAGGUAUCGAGAGGAUAUACAUAGAUCGGUAGAUCGGUGACAUUAAUAUAACCUAACAUAUGGAGUACAUUU